CAAAGCAAAGCGUUGAAGAGAGAAGAAAAAAAAAACAAAGAAAAACCCCAAAAGUAUCAAUUAAUUUCCAUUUUCGCCGCUAAGAUUUUGUUUUCGAACAUUUACACCCUCAAGAGUCACCGACAUGUGUGGAGGAGCUAUAAUCUCCGAUUUCAUUCCACCGCCGAGGUCUCGCCGUGUUACCAGUGAGUUUAUUUGGCCGGAUCUGAAGAAGAGCUCGAAAAAGCGCUCUAAUGUCUUUGAUUUUGACGCUGAGUUCGAGGCUGAUUUCCAGGGUUUCAAAGAUGAUUCUUCUAUUGAUUGCGAUGAUGAUUUCGAUGUCGGUGAUGUUUUCGCCGAUGUGAAACCAUUCGUUUUCACUUCGACUCCGAAACCCGCCGUCGAAGGUUCAGCUUUUGGUAAGAAAGUUGAUGGGGAAGCUGAGAGAUCUGGAAAGAGGAAGAGGAAGAAUCAGUACCGAGGGAUUAGGCAACGUCCUUGGGGCAAAUGGGCUGCUGAGAUACGUGAUCCAAGAGAAGGUGCUAGAAUCUGGCUUGGAACUUUCAAGACAGCUGAGGAAGCUGCUAGAGCUUACGAUGCUGCAGCGCGGAGGAUCCGUGGAUCUAAAGCUAAGGUGAAUUUCCCUGAGGAAAACCCCAAGGCUAAUUCUCAGAAACGCUCUGUGAAGGCUAAUCUUCAGAAACCAGUGGCUAAACCUAGCCCAAACCCAAGUCCAGCUUUGGUUCAGAACCUGAACAACUCCUUUGACAAUAUGUGUUUCAUGGAGGAGGAGAAACACCAACAAGUGAACAACAACAACAAUCAGUUUGGGUUGACAAACUCCGUUGAUGCUGGAUGUAACGGGUAUCAGUAUUUCAGCUCAGACCAGGGUAGUAAUUCGUUCGAUUGUUCUGAGUUUGGUUGGAGCGAUCAAGCUCCAAUAACUCCCGACAUCUCUUCUGCGCUUAUCAACAGCAACAACUCAGGUCUAUUCUUUGAGGAAGCCAAUCCAGCUAAGAAGCUCAAGUCUAUGGAAUUCGAGACACCUUACAACAACACUGAAUGGGACGCUUCACUGGAUUUCCUCAACGAAGAUGCUGUAACGACUCAGGACAAUUGUGUAAACCCUAUGGACCUAUGGAGCAUUGAUGAGAUACAUUCCAUGAUCGGAGGAGUCUUCUGAAGAGAUCCAUUUUCAUGUAAAUAAGGCUGCAUGUUAGAGUUGUUGUUCGCAUUCAAAGAAGUCAUGAGCCUCUAUCUUCAGGGUAGGUGUGAUGAAGUUAAGUAGAGGCUUAUUUCUAGGGGUUGUGGUAGUUUUUGUUUGGGUUAGUGAAUCUUUGAAUUCGUUUGUGUUUUGUUACUUUGUGCCCCAAAACUUCUAUAACUUUUGUCAUAAUGUGUUUGAACCUCUCAUCUGUUUAAUCAAAUAAAUCUUCUAUGUAUGCUACUAA